GAGUUAUCCGAGGAAAAGGAGCGGUGCACGGUCGACGGUCGAGUGCGACGCGGGGGCGAAGUGACGCGGAGUGUUGUUCGACGGUCCCGUGAGUUCAUGCGGGGGAGGAAGUAACGCGCGGAUCCUGCGUGAAGUGCGGGAGUCCUCUCUCAGCGCUCGUAGACGCACAGUGGAGGCGGAAUGAAAUCGACAGCGAUGGCGUUCACCGUCGUUGUCCUCGUCGUCUGUAUGCUGUCGACGAUUGGAACAAGUUUGGAACAAACAUGGAUCUGGAAUUCUGAGACUUUCCAGCAAUGUGAAGUUAUUUUACAGGAGACCACAAGAAAGGACCGCGCUACUGUUGUACAAGACAACAACUCCAGAUUACAUUCCACGUGGUUGUCUCAAGAGUGCGAAGUGCGAGCCGGUCCGGAAUAUAUAAUCAGGAAAUAUACGUUCUUCGAGAAUAGCACAUUUUUGUUGUUGCGUUAUCAUUAUGACGACGUGUCGUGCAGUAUGCCGACGCAUACUGUCAGAAUUUGCGGCUCUAUCAAAUUGGUGGGGCCGUCCAGCAUCGUUUCCGGCGCGACCGAGACAAAGGUUCACGUGGACGCCGUUUAUAUUACACCUUUAAAUCGACAGGUCGCUCAUAAAUUCGAACAAAGGAUGAAUUUGACCUGCGGUCCUCAGCCUAGAUGGCGACCUUACAUAUCUCAGCUGAUUUAUGAACAACCACGGCAAUAUUUGGCGACGCAUUUGUGGCAUGGCCCGGUAUACAAUUCUCUGCAGGCUCAUUCGUCUUCGAAAAAACGUCUUGGUCAGGAUUGCUUAGAUGCGUUCAAAAUAGAAGUCGGCGAGUUGAGAUUGUUGAGGAUGCAGCGAAGAUCGUUCUUACCGAAGAUGUCCGACAGCUCUUUCUACGACGGGUCUCGCUUGGAACUUUUUCUAGGUAGUCCUGCGCCCAAUGUGUCCGUUCGCAAGACUUACAAAGCGACCUCGUUACAGUCCACGUUAUUGGUCCACGCCAACACGACGAAUGAUUGUCUAAUAUGCGGCAGCAUAUCUCGGUCGACCGAGUACAGCCCACCUCUUCUUCACGUGACGGUGCCUCUACCCGCGCUCAUCGGUGGUUACUGGCUGAGUGAGAGAUGCGAAAGCUUUGAGGGUGGCAUCUGGUCCAGGAGGCAAUUUCAAAUAUACUCAGGGGAUAAAUUGUGGACAGGUCGGUGGGAAUAUUAUGACGAUCCGCAAUGUUCAGUGUUCUUAUACGCGAUCACCGCGGCCGGAAGUUACAUUCAACGAAUCAGUGGACAGCGUCGCCACAAAGAGCUCAACGGAAAGCCGCCAUUCUCUUCCGAUUACGUCUCGCGUCCUUUCAACAACUCAGCAAAGUUCUUCAAAAGAAGCGCGAGCAAUCCUUUUCGAAGGAACUUAAUGAACGUCAAUGCUUCGGCGCUAAAAACCAAAGAAGGAUCGUCUGUGCGCAUGAAAAUUUGCACGGAGAUGUUAAGAACGAGGGACAAGAAAGCGAAGAAGCUGAGGAAACUGAAGAGAUCGUUGACUGACAACGUUUAUCAGUUCUUGCGCGACGCGCAGAUCCCGAUGCAGUCGAGAUAUACGGCGAUGCUGCGUGGCCAUCAGGUGCACGAGACUACCUCCAGAAGGCCCACGGUUUGGAACAUGCCGUCCGGAACCACGGAACUGGACCUACAUAUCGCCGUGAGCACUCUCAUCCCCGGCGACGUCACGGUGGCCAAUCGCUGCGACGCCGACCGGGCGAAUAUGCCGCUCACCAGCUGGCCGAGAAACUGCGUUCCUCGAGGCAUCGAGGCACCCUCGACUUUGGGGCUGCGCGCCAAGAUCGGCAUCAAUUGGAAUGGUCAGUAUAUCUUGCUGCUGGGCUUGCGAGACGACAACGUGUGGAACGCUCCUUUGCGACAGUGCGCGCAGAUCCCGUCGCAUAAUCCCGUCCUGAGGGCGCAUCUCCGGCGAAGUGUCGACCUUCGCUUCGGAUUACUCUCUGCCGCACCGGCUAGUUGCGCCCCCGUCUGGCUUCUUGUGUCGCAACUGCUUCUGUGUUAUUUACAUUAUCGCACACGGUGAUAAUAACGAGUGAUCGUCGUUGUUCCUGAAGAACUGAAUAAGAGUAUACGAGCGUGAGAAGAACGAGUUUGAUCGACGCAAUGUGGCAAAUGACAUUUCGAUACUCCCGAGAUUACUCUCGCGUCUCGUAUGCGAAGUUUCGUAGGAUGGUAAAGUUUGUACAUGUGUAAAUAGAAUCGAAAAUCACUCAGGAAUUCACAGUGUUGAGCGCGAUCGUGACGAUCGACGCAAUCAGUUGUACAUUCCGAUUCGGGUUGGGAAGCAAGGCGUUAUUUGUAACAUCGUUAUCGUUACAAAUUAUCUUCUUUUCAAUAAUGAUUGUUACAAUGUAACUUUUUCAACCCUAUUUACUGACGCAUCUUUUAUAGGUAUCGAUACUUUUAGAAGAGUGUAACUUGAAUCGAUGAUUGAUUGAUGAAUUGAUUGAUUUUGAUGAUAAACGAAAGUUUUCGGUGAUUAUGUCUUAAGUUUUAAACGCAUUUUAAUGUAUAGUAUUCUUACUGUGUAUUAAAAUUGUAUAUAUAUUCAUACUAAGCUAAGUGAUUUUAUAUGAUUAAUCUAACAUCCGGAUAAAUGAUUUCUAAUCGGUUUAACGAUUUAAAAUCGGAUGUCCGUUUCUUUUUACUUGGUUAGUAAAAAAUCUGGAUAACCGAUCAAACUAAUUAAUCACAAUGAGUAAUAAAAAAAAUCGACUAAUUAGUUAAUCGUUAAUCAUUAGCGAUUUCGUUUUUUAAACUACAUAGAAAAAAAAAUAGAUUGUUUUAUUAUGAGA